UAGCCGAGUGCAACCGAUCGGCACACCCGUUCGGCACCAAGAUUUUCUUAUCCCGGACAAGAGUCAGUAUUGGCAACUCUGGUAAAAGGAGUUUGAAAACGUCGUUGUAUCUCUGAUUUUAUUACAGCGUUUUGUAAACGACAAUAGUGUUUGCUACAUAUUUCGAUUGUGGUAACUGCUAAGUAUUAAUUCGACAAUAUUUAAAGGUCAGCAGCCUUGCUUAAUAUGCAACAGCCACAGGGAAGCCUACCAAACAACCUGAGAUCUUUGUUGGAGUCAGGACUGGGUGCUGACGUCUUGGUGGUGGCUGCGGAUGGCCACCUGGCUGCCCACAGCUCGAUACUGGUGGCUCGCAGCCCAGUGUUCGGUGCGUUACUCCGCCGGAUGAAACGGAUGAUCUCGAUCCGUGACAUGCCUGUGGACGUGGUGCGGCAACUACUGACCUUCAUGUACACGGAUGAGGUGCCACACCUGCAGAGUGUGGCACCCCAGCUGCUGACACUUGCGGACAGAUUCGAGCUGCCAGUGCUGAAGGAGAAGUGCGAGCAACAUCUGAUUGAGAACUUACGUGUGGAGAACACGCCACUGUACUGCGUGCUCGCCCGGCGGCACUCGUGUCCGCUGCUCCAUAGUGCAGCCAUUGACUACUUUGCGAGGCACGCUCAUCAAGUGGUGUGCUCACAGGGAUGGAUCGAGGAGCUGAGGAAGGACCCUAAGCUGCUGGCAGAGAUACCCCACCUAGUGGCCAACCACGCUGUUUCGAUAGCCAGUUCUAUGGAGGAAAUGAGGACGUGGAUGGGCUAUGGGAUUCAAGUGGACAAGGAGAAGAUUUCUGCUUGAGAGGAGGAAAUGUGACUUUGUAAAUGUGUCAAGAGAAGCACAUGUGUUUUGUCAUGGUCUAUGUGAGUGUAGCCUAAACAGUUGUUGGCCCCACUACUGAACAAACAAGGCUCUUGAUGGUAUAUAGAAGUAUCGUAAUAAUAUCUUUUCCACUAACAUUGCAUGUUCUUAAACAUUUAUGGUGUAAUGUAAAGAUUUCAGGUUUUACUAGAAUACAGAGACAAAAACUUAAUUGCAAUUCAAGAGGCAUAAAAAUUAAGUUCAACAAGUUGCUGUUCAGCUUUAUUAAAAGUUAAAUUACUGAGACAAAUAUAGGAUUACAUGGAGCUGAAAAAUUUUCUUUUCACUUAAGUUGUGCCAAAAUUAUUACAAUGACUGAAGAACUUCAUUUAAACAGUGUGUAGUGUAGUGUAGUGUAGUAAAUGCAUUAAUUUUCAGGGACUUGUGAAUAAAAUUUAAUUCCAAAGUUUUCUUCAGUUUUUUACAGCAUCAUCAUGUUAAAACCAGUGAUAAUGCUUGCCAAGAAAUCAGAAAAGAGAAAAUUUAAAAUAUAAAUGUUUUCCUUAUCAAUAUCUUUUAAAAGAUACAUUUUGUCCAAACAUGCAUUGAGCAUUGUCACCUGUCAACUAAACAUUGGUAACAUAACGUGGUAGAUUGCCAUUCAGCUACUUAUGGACAGGACAUUUCUGCAUGGCUACUGUGGCUUAACCAAUAGUCUGUCCACCCCAACUGACUCAUCAUUGAGAUGUGUCAUCAUACAAAAAU